UAUGUCUAUUUUCAAGGAAAAACUAUGUCUUCAUAUUGCCAUGAAAAAUGAAGCCGUUUUCUCAGCAUGCGGAUUCUUCAAUGUAAACAAUUCUUUUAUGCAUUCCAUGGUAGCUGCUGUAACUUCUUACUUGGUCAUAUUAAUACAGUUAGAUCGACAGAUCUUGGCUUCUAAGCGCAUUAUAUCAUCAACAGCUACUACUGCAUCAAUGUAUAAUAUCACAAUAGAGUAUCUGCCUUCAUCAUAA